UCUGGAUUGGUCCCAGGUAAAUCCCUCGCAAAUCUCCCUCUGUCUCUCUGCACCAGCCCCUGGCUCUUAAAUAGAGGGGGGUCAGGGCAGUGGCAGCUCUUUCCACGCCUCGCCUCUCCCCCAGAAGCCGCCGGCUGUGAGCGCACCCAGGAAGGCGCCAUCGGAGCUUUGAGACGAAUGGCCAACACCAGCUUGGACGGUCCCGAGAGGCGUCCCCUGUCCCUCCUGGUCAGCAGAGAGGGGGCUGCCACUUUGGCCCCCCAGACCCAGCCUCUGUGGCAUCAUCCGAGCCGCUGGGACCUCCUUGUUCCGCAGAGGACCAAGCCUACCCAGCGAGUGGCGGAUUUUUCCAUCCGUUCCAUUCUGGCCCAAGAUGGCUCCGAAGGGGAAGGGGAGACGCACCAGGAGCCGGCAGAAGGAGCAAGAUGGGGCAGCCCCUCUCAAGGCUACACCUGGAUGCACUGCAACCACUUCAAGCCCACUUCCGUUCCAAAGAUGAAGCAGACGGGCUGCGGCCCCCGGCCCCCCUACCGAAGCCCCCGGGUCCCUUUCUCUGCCUCUCAGCUGGGGGCCCUGGAGAGCAGCUUCCAACAAACACAUUAUCUGAGCACCGAGCAGAUGAAGGAGGUUGCUCUGCUGCUGGGCCUGACGGAGAACCGGGUGAAGAUUUGGUUCCAGAACCGGAGAGCCCGAGAAAGGCGGGACUUCCUGAAGCAGUACGGCGCUGCCGCUGCCACCCCCGGCUCCAAGGAGACCCCUCUGCAAGGCCACCCCCCCUUAGGUUGGCACUAACACCAGGGGGGAGUCAGGGUGGAUGGGGAGGAGGGCAAUUGGGGUCAGGCAGUUUCCAAACCCACCCCAAAAACCCUGCUGCCUGAUCCAGAAGGUUUGGACUACAACUCCCAUCAGUCCUUGCCCGCACUGAUGGGAACGGUAGUCAAAAACACCCGAGGGCACCAGAUUGGGGCAUAGCUGUCAACCGUCCCUUAUUUGGCGGGAAAGUCCCUUA